AGGCCAGAAUCCCGCGAAAAUCCUCGAUCCUUUUCCAUCGACACAGAUUUUUCUGCGUUCCACGUGGAUGAUGCGCUGCAUCGAGCGAACGCAUGCUAAUAAUAUCGCGCGAAAGUCGGAGUCGUUUCGCGUGUGUAUGCUCGCGUGGAAUCGCCUUACUGGGAUCCAGUUUUACUGCCGGCUACUUUUCCUACGUCGACGAAAGACGGUUGACUGCAAGAGAGAUCUAAUAGGUGUUCCCGUGAUCAGGUGACAAUCGCAGGCCAACAGUAUGAGGAACUCAACGCUACUGAAGUGGGCGCAGAACUCGGCGAAUAGCAAGAAUCAAACGAGCAAAAACGGAACGAGUAGGAACUGGAUACACCCACCGGAUGCGCUUCAAAAAGGCCACAUCGCCUAUUUGGUCAAGUAUCUGGGCAGCACAGAAGUUGACCAACCAAAGGGUAUUGAGGUGGUCAAAGAGGCGAUCUGCAAGCUGAAAUUCAACCAACAGUUGAGGAAAAGUGAGGGCACGAAGACUCCGAAGGUGGAGUUGACCAUCAGCAUCGAUGGUGUCGCGAUUCAGGAGCCAAAAACAAAAACGACACCGAAGUCGAUGUACACCUUUCAGCGGAUCAUGCAUCAGUAUCCACUGCACAGAAUAUCCUAUUGCGCCGACGACAAGGGCGAGAAGAAGUUCUUCAGCUUCAUCGCGAAGGAAGAGGACGCUGAGAGGCACACGUGCUUUGUAUUUGUCAGCGAUAAAUUGGCCGAGGAGAUCACGCUCACCAUUGGCCAAGCGUUCGAUCUGGCGUACAGGCGAUUCUUAGAGACGUCUGGGAAAGAUUUGGAAACGCAGAGGCGAUGCAUGGUACUGCAACAGAAAAUAAAGCGACUGGAACACGAGAAUAAUGCCUAUCGUCAGCGGUUGCAGGACAUCGCUGCCAUUAAAGGCUCGGCUGACGUAUCAGCAUACCUGUCGCAACACAACCUGCCAGAUAUCCUGCACGUUCCUGGAGCAUCGAGCGAAACAACGCAGGUAAAUGGAACGAGUAACAAGUCCUCCAGUAGCGCGAACAGCGAUACCAAUGGAAAUACCUCGAACGGUUCACAACCACCGCCGGUACCGCCGAGAAGUUUUGAGAAGACGUUCGACGAUAAUUUUAUGGGAAGCGAACCAGCUUCUACGCCGUCGGUUGGUACCAAGUUGGAAGGACUCCUGAUGGACGAGUUCGAGGAAGAUUUUAACCCAAGAGCGUAUGAAACCGCGACGAACGGAAUCGUGAAUCACCAGACAAAUCAUAAUUCUCUUCUGAAUGGUCAGCUAUCCUCGAAUUCGAACUUCUUCUCGCAGAGCAAUGGAACCACAAGUCCUCCCCCGUUGUUGGCUCCGCCACCGAAAGCGAAGGACUCCAGACGCCAAAACGGAGUGAAGGAGGAUUUAUUCGGCAGCGUUCCCUUCAAUCCGGCUCCAUCAUUGAAUACAAAGAAUGAAAUGAACGAUCCAUUCGAGAUGGGUGAAUUUGGAGCACCGACGACGAUUUCCAACCCCAGUCAACAGGAGCUCGAGAAUGCUAUUGGUCUUUUAGACAAGAAACUACUCGAAAUGAAGGAUGGUUUUAGUAGAGGUCUUUCCAUCGAUACCGACGAUUUCUCGUUGGAAAGCUUGGAUCCCCUACGAAACUGAAUGGAGAACACCCUCCAAGAGAGGAAAAACAAGGAAAAGGCCAAUUAUGCAUUGUAUGUUCGUUAGAGAACAUAAAAGUCCAGGAAACGAAUAGGCAAAUUAGAAACUACAUUUAUACGAAGCCAAAAUUAGUCAAUUAUUAUUAUAAUUAUGCUAAUCAUAUAUUUAACGUGAUGUCUGAUAUUUAUCAAUUGUCUACUAAAUAUCGAUAGUAGCUUGAGUCUCGACACGGAACGGUGCAGAGAUUGUUCAUCGUUG